AUGAGUGCGACGACUACUUCAGCGCCCUUUUCGAAGGCGGUGGUGAGGGCUAUGCAGAAGCUGUAUCCACGGGAGCUUGCAGACAACUCCUGGGAUAACACCGGGCUACUACUUGAAGCGCCAUUCGAUCCGUCGCGUCGCCAGUCAAACACCGUCCUCCUUACCAUCGACCUUACCAAAGCCGUCGCCGACGAAGCAAUCGCGCUCAACUCUUCCAUCGUCAUCGCAUACCAUCCUAUCAUAUUUAGGGGCUUGAAGUCCUUAACUCUUGCGGAUACUCAACAGCAAUCGUUACUACGCCUUGCUAGCCAUGGCAUUAGUGUAUACAGCCCACAUACCGCGCUUGACUCGGCCCCAGGAGGGCUUGGAGACUGGCUAGCAGACAUCGUAACAGGCACGAAGACGGUUCGUGAUGGUUCAGAAGCAGACGAUCAAUCGGAAGCUACAAGCAACACAAAGGCUGACGAUGACGAUCCCUUCAUUGAGAAGAACUUGCGCCCAACGUUCACCCUGCAACAUCAUCCCAGUCAACCAAUGAUCAGCUUUGGCAAGCUGCCCGCCCCCACUACGGUCCCGAUUACCGCUCCUCACAAGCGCGAAGCCAUCAAACCUCAAUCGCCAGAACUCGCAUCACACCCUGGAGCAGGCAUGGGUCGCAUCGUGAGGUUCGACCACCCUCAACCGCUGCCCACACUACUCGAUCGCAUAGGCAAGGGACUCAACAAUCCCAAGGGCUUCCCGAUUGCUAUACCACAAGACAAGACAAUUUCUGACAUAGAGAUACGUAGCGUAGGCAUCUGCGCAGGCUCAGGCUCAGGUUUAUUGAACGGCCUAGAUGUGGAUCUACUGUUCACAGGCGAGAUGGACCAUCACUCGGCGCUUGCUGCGAUUGAGAAGGGAAGAGUUGUCAUUAGCCUGUUCCAUAGCAAUUCUGAGCGCGGCUUUCUGGCAGACGUGUUGAUGGAGCAAUUGGAAGAGGCAGUGCAAGAGGAGUGGACAAAGGUCAGGGAAGAGGAGAAGGAUAACGAGGGACUACAAGAGGCAUUGGAGGACGAUGACUUUGAAAUUGGCGUCAGCGAGGUUGAUCGGGAUCCAUAUGGCAUCGUAGUACUGAAGAGCGACGUAGAGGCGGCAUAG